GCUGCUACCUAAAAAUCGCCGCGUCCGAGUUAGGCAUAAACUUUAGAAGGAUCGUUCAGAUCGAACGGGAUCGUGGCAUUCGCAAGUCGUAGGCUGACCAAAUGGAAUGAAGAUGGUCUAUAUUAUGGUUCUUUACUAGCACGCUGAGCUUGGACUGCUUCCCUAGAGACCAUGUCACAUCUUACAAUCAUCGUCGCCGCCACGAAAUCAAACGGUAUUGGCCAACAUGGUAAACUUCCAUGGCGGCUGUCAAAGGAAAUGUCCUAUUUUGCUCGGGUCACUUCCACCGCGCCUGAAGGACGGAAGAACGCGGUCAUCAUGGGACGAAAGACAUGGGAGAGCAUACCCGCCAAUUUCAGGCCUCUCUCUAAACGCCUCAACGUAGUUAUCAGUCACAAUAAGGACUAUGAGCUGACACCCUCCAAUACGUCAGCUCCAGUUCACCUUUGCUCGAACUUAACUUCGGCGGUUGAGUUGACGUCUCAAGUUGACAUACACCGACGAUUUAUCAUCGGUGGAGUAUCCUUGUUCUCAGAGACACUAAAACCUACAUCUUCGAAUCCGAUGUCUUGUAUCGCCGACCGUGUCCUCUUGACACGAAUCCUUGCACCUGACUUCCCCCAAUGUGACGUUCAUAUGCCAGACUUCUUGGGAGCCAGCAAGGAAGGAAAAAUGGAGUGGAAGCAAGCAACUCAUGAUGAACUUGUGGAAUGGACGGGAUUCGACGUGCCAGCAGGGGUCCAGGAGGAGAAUGGAGUUAGCUACGAGUUUCAAAUGUGGCUGCGACAGUAACAUAGGCGGUAGAAUAUUUCGAGAGCUGGUUGGAAUGUGCAUUAUAUCGACAUAUAUGUCCCUUCUUCCCCUACAUGCAUUCUACCAAA